CAACUCCUCGCUCGUAACAAAUUGCAUCUUUCACUCUUCGCUCCCAGACAGGUCUUGUGUGACUAAAAAGGGACCAUUCGCCAUUGACCAUAUUGUUUAGUAACUGGUUGCAGCGUUGACCAGUUGACCUACCUUUACUGUGAAACCAGAGGAAAUAUCGCGACAGUCUUAGUGAUCGUACAGCCGAAACUCCUACCUAGUCUUCUAGGUGGCAACAAACCUCGGUUUUGACAACUUGCAUAAAAAACAUAUAGUGAAAAUCGGACAUAAACUUUUGAGUUUCCAUACUAAAUCCAAUCAGUUUAUCUGCCAAUUUGUAUAUAUCUAAUAUAGGAGAGCAAAACCAUUCCAUGAGCAAAACAUCUUUGUUUUUAACUCCCCGACGACGCAAAAAGAGGGGUGUUAUAAGUUAAACGUGUCUGUCUGUGUAUCGGUCAAUGCCAUCGUAGCUCCCAAACGAAUGAACCGAUUUUCGAUAGUAUUUUUGUGUCAUAGAUACAGAGUGUUAUUAGCCAUGUUUCAUAAAAAUCGGUUCAGCCGUUCAAAAGUUGUAAGAAAUGAAUAUUGAAAGUUGUUUAAUUUGUCUGUACUGUACUUUAUUACUCUUUACCAUUUCCUGUCAUCCAAACUUGCCCACCUUAUUAACGAAAAAGAUCCACAUAAAGAUUAUUAAAUUCUUUUUGCUGUCUUUUAUUUCAUCAAUACUCCGUCAAAUAUACACUUUGUCGUCAAUGAGAAAAUAUUUGUUCUAAAUGGCAGCGAAAUUUUAAUAAUGUGAAUAAUUUUAAAUGUUUCUAACUAUAAAUUUAAUUUCACGAAAUUCCUGAAUGAUAUUGUCCAGGGAAAUACAUCCUAAAGUCACAACCAAGCUCGGUCUCUACCGGAAUAAUGAGUAAUCAACGCGCCCCGAAGCCAGACCCGCGGCGAACUCAAAUCAACUCCAACGCAAACGUUAAAUGGAAAUCAGAUAUCUGUAUAAAUGCCACCAACAAAGGUUCAUACACAAUUUUCAAGUCAUCUACUGGUACAAAUAUUACCGAUGCGAAAAACAGGCAAAAAGAAUAUUACAAACGAUACGAGCAUGACGAACUUCCAGUAAAAGACAAUAACGUAUCGAAAGGGAAGUCGUCGAUUUUGAAAAUCACUGAUAAUACAAACAAAUCAAUCACUAACUCCGAUUUGGACAGGCUAGAACAAAAGCUAUAUAAGAAUCUAUCGCAAGACCUCCAAAUAGAGCACGCCUCCGCGACCAGUCUCGAGUCCAACAUCAAGUUCUUCAAAUCGACGAUACAAGAAAUUUUCAACACUUUUCAAUCCAAUUUGCGAGAUUAUGACGUUUACAAACAAAAACUUAACGAAAUCCUAUCUAGAACUCAGGAGGAAUCCAUAUCCGACAUGGAGAAUUUUAUCAAAGAUAUGAUACAGAACAUAAUAUCGUGCGAAUCUUCUUUUCAGUCUUUGGUAACCAACGACAAUAUGGUUCAAGUUGAUAAUCAAGUUGAAGUGCAAGACUGUGAAACCAGCACGAUGCAAGACGACGCGUCCAAAACCGAUACAUUAGAUUCGCUCAAAACAUUCGACACGAGCUACGAUGAAAGUGUACAGUUAAUAGUAGAAGCUUAUAAAAAUGACAACUAUCUUACUGAUUCCACUUUUAACGAAAAUAACUCAAAAAAGAACCACACAAUCGAUAAUCGAGUUAACGUAUAUUUGUUGAGUACCACACCUUGCAUUAUAAAGAUGAACGAUCGCAGUCUGUUGUCUGAAAUCAAUAUUAAAAAGAACUCAGAAGGUGCAUCGUCGUAUGUAGCUUCGACGGAGAAUAUCAAGAAAUUGGCCGCAAAGAAGAUAGAAAUUGAGCAAUACGAGUUGCAGCCACAAAACAUAUCGGACAGAGAGAUACCGGUGAAAGUUUCCUUUGCAAAGAAAAAUCUAUGCGGAAGCGACGACAGAGUCGAGCAGGAUAAAGAAGUGGAAGAUUGUAGCAAGUCAUUCAUUUCUAAAAUCUGCAACUUCCUCUGCAAGAAGUUGAGAAGGAAUUCUCUCACGUGAAUACAUACAUAUAGCAAUGCAAAUUAAUUCAAAUCGCUAGUGAAAAUAAAGACCUUUUUAAUGGAA